GCUUCAUCACCACCAGGGAGAAGAACAUGGAGACGAAGCUGAAAGCCGUGAACGAGACGUGGGGCAGAAGAUGUGACAAGAUGCUGUAUGUCAUGACCACCAACAAAACAGGGCCCGACAUUUUAGGAGUGAACAUACCCGACGCCCAUGGAACCCUAACUGAGAAAAUCGUCCUUGCCUUCACACACAUGUACACAACAUCACUAGACCAGUAUGACUGGUUCCUAAAGGCUGAUGAUGAUACUUAUGUCAUUGUGGAAAAUCUUAAAUUUCUUCUGGCUCAUCUCAACUCCAGCAAACCCGUGUACGUUGGAGACCAUUUUGCACCCUUCUCACCUAAUGGGUACAUGGGUGGUGGAGCAGGAUACGCUGUUAGUAGGGAGGCUCUACGUCGGUUGGUAGAGCAGGGCUACAGGGUACCUGGCAGGUGUCGUCACGCUGGCGGAAGUGAGGACAUCGAGACAGGGCGAUGUAUGUACAAGGUGGCAGUAUCCACCUAUCUAUCACUAGACAAGUACAACAGAUCAACCUUUCACGCUGCAGCUCCGGAAACUUUCCAAGUUGGUCAGGCCAACUUUGUUGCCGGUUUCUCCGCCCAUAAAUACCACUCGGGUCCAGAGUGCUGCUCACAGCUGACUAUAAGCUUCCACUAUGUGAAACCAGAGCUGAUGAGGACACUGGACAUCUUCCUCUACCAGAUCACUGUGUUUGGUCGGACGGUCAAAUACAAGGAACUCAGGGAUCUGUUCCGAGAAGAGACGUUUCAAAUCCCCCAGAAACGUCGACGUCGGCCUUACCCAGGGGAGACAAUAGAGGAAUACUACAAGAAUGCCACGGAAUGGAGACUGAAGAACACUACCAUCUAUAUUCCAGACACAAAGAAACCAAAGAAAUCCAAGAUAAAGUCAAGUGUGUAGAAUAGCCUCCCAGCCGAUGACAUUAACAAUAUAUUUCAUUGCCAUGGUUUUACUGAAAAAGAGAGUUUUUUCAGCACCAUGAGAACCCGUCAUUUCUACAUUUCGGUAUUUCAGCACACAUUGAUGUCUUCUUUGAUUGGCAUUCUAGAAGUUGAAGAGAUGAAGAAUGGGGAUAGUGUUUAUGGAUAUACAAUUUCUUUAUUCUGUAUAGGCGACGUUUCGACAUAGAUUCUAAUAUCGUUGCCAAA